AUGUGGAGCUUAAAGUUUAUGUGUAUCACUGUCCUCGUUUUUAAUUUAUUAGUCGUUACAAACGCAAGUGUAAUGCCUCCACAAGCUCUAGCGACCGUCAAACCAGAAUCUGCUACUGAACUUGCAAACAGAGCCGCCGUCGAGCCUCCUAAUAAUUGUCCAGAAGGCCAAGUAUUACAACCUGAUGGCGUGUGCAAUGUGAAAGAUUGGGUCAUUAAAAAUUAG